AUGGGUGAGAAGCAAGAAGCUGUACCUGAUGAGCCGCGAUCAACCAAAAUGUGCAAUACACCUCGAGAACACUCUUACAAUGCCGGCAUAGCCGCCGAGAGAGCGGCCCCCCACAGUAGCAUCGAGAGAAGUGCAUCGCGGCCAAGUAUAAUCAUUGAUACGCCGCCAGAUGGUGGCGCCAGAGCGUGGAUGGUAGUUUUUAGCACAUUUCUAGUUGUUAUGAACACCUGGGGGGUUGCAAACUCCUUUGGCGUCUUUCAGCCAUACUUCACCAGAGCGUUUUCGCGGCCACAGUCCGAUGUCUCGUGGAUCGGUUCAUUUGAAGUGUUCCUCCUCUUUUUUGUCGGGACGUUUACGGGACGAUGGACAGAUAUGGGAUUCUUUCGUCCCUUGUUCAUCGCCGGCUUCUUCCUUGUCAUCUUGGGAAUGGUUGCUGCCUCGUUUUGUACCACCUACUGGCAAUUCUUUCUCGCCCAGGGUAUCUGCCUAGGCCUCGGAAACGGUUGUCUGUUCUGUCCCUGUAUGGCAGUGACAUCUACGUACUUUGCGAAGCGUCGCUCAUUGGCGUUCGGCCUCACAGCCGCUGGGGCUGUUGUCGGAGGUCUCACUAUCCCGAGCAUGGUUCGGCAGCUUUUGCCAAGGAUAGGGCUUGGCUGGACCAUUAGAGCUAUUGCCUUGAUUCAGGUUGUGACUUUGAUAGUUGCUGGCCUACUAAUCAAGACCAGGAUUCCACCACGGCAGGCAGCACCUCUAGUAGAGUGGGCAGCCUUUAGAGAAUCAGAGUAUAGUCUCUAUGCUAUUGGGGCGUUCAUGGUAAGCAUGUUGAUCCGGAGCGAGCAUAAGGUACUAAAAAAUGUCCAGUGCUUCUGGGGAACCUAUUUUGCCUUCCACUUUCUUGCGGCAUUCUCCCGGGACGUCUUGGGACUAUCUUACACAGACUCACUUGACCUAUUAUUGGUUCUCAACGGUGCGGGUGCACUCGGAAGAAUUGUUCCGGCCCAGAUUGGGGACGUAAUUGGUACUAUCAACAUAUUUGCUCCAAUGGCGUUCAUGACCGGCACCGUGAUGUUCUGUUGGAUUGGCGUACAAAACACGACCGGGCUAUAUGUCUGGACUGCUUUUUAUGGCUUUGCUGUUGGCGGAGUUCAGUCACUAUUUCCCUCCGUGCUCAGUAGCUUGACCACGGACCCUCAAAAGCAGGGUACGAGAAUGGGCAUGGUUUUCACGGUGGUCAGCUUCGCAUCUCUCACCGGAUCGCCGAUUGCAGGAGCCAUUAUCGAUGCGAUGGGGGGCAAAUACGUUGGCGCACAAGCAUUUGCCGGUUGUUGCAUGAUGUUGGGAAUGGCAUUCGUUCUUUCUGCACGGAUUUGCAAGACACGGAAGAUGGGAGCAGGGACAUUCGCUUUCAUCAAGGUUUGA